AAGCUUCGGAUGUGUAGUUUUCCUGAUUGUACACCGAGACCGGCGACAAACACAAAAUGCCUGAAACGGAGCCGACUUCAUUAAUCCAGCAUUUUAACACGGGUGCUUAGCAUGAGAAAGUAAAUUUCUAAAAACUGAAUCUCGGGCAGCAAAGACACAGUGGAGUCGAGCAGCUCACCGGCAGAGAUCGGCUUGUCACUCUGAAUGACUGCAUGUAGAGUGCUGUCAUCCGCAUGAGCCUCACCAUAAGACUGGAUGAGUUUACUCCACAAUCGACCAGAACCUUUGUUGACCUCGAGAGAGAAUAGCACCAAUUUUACGGUGGCUAUGGCUAUAACAUUUAGAUUUACUCUAUAGUUACAAAAAAUGGCGGAUGAUGAGAAAUCCCAAAGAAAUUCGACCGACAAAGUAAAGAUGGAAGAUGAAACGAGUAGCUUGGAUACUGUGAAGAAAGCAGAGCCGUCUGAAAACAUAUCUAUUGUCAGAUCAUUGGAAGGCAUAAGCGAGGAAAUUCUGGAAAAGGUGCAUGAAACCAAGCCUUCGUUAGAGAAAGUAUACGAUGGAAAGAUCACCGUAGAGUCAAAAAUCGCGCUAGAGAAGCAUGAAAUAGAUAAAGAGAAGGGCCACAGUGAACACGAAGUCGUUUCAACUCCAUCGUUGGACCCCAGCAUGGCUACGGUAGGAGAAAGUCUCUCCCCAGCUACUUUUGAGAAAGGCAUGAAAGCAGGAUCUGAAAGGAUCGUUCGCAAUCAGAGUGAUAUUUUCUCGUUGAAGACACAAACUAGCGUCGAAUCGUCCAUAUUCUCGGUGAACGGCUCGCCUUCCAGAAAGGUAAUUUAUAGGAGAGUAGCAAGUCCCAGUAACGUAUUCCCAUUUGAUAAAACACACACUGAACCCCCUGCAAAUAUCGGAAAGCCACUGGACAGGGUGAACGACUCGAAGGAAUAUUGCGAUUUGAAGAGACCAUCGAGUUCGAUCAGAAAUCCAUUGACAGGAACUGGACUCAAUUCCAAUGACGAAUACAGGUUUAAAGGAACCAAACGAAGAGAUGGGAAUCCUGUGCUAGGCGUAGGUUAUACUCCAGAAGCGAUGCCAUCUUCCCAGAGAAUACCUCCUGGUGGAUACUCUCACAAGCUUUGGUGAUGAUCACUUUAUGCAAGAAUAAAUUCCCAGUGACAUUGAACACCUUUUGAAUUACACAUAUGUAAAUGUAAUAAUGGAAUGGAGUAAGAAAAGAUAAAGUACUGGAAAUGACAAAGGGGUAUUAUCUAAAAUGUUAAUUUUAACGGAAUAUCAUUCUUUUC